UCGUCGUGAGGGGGAGAAGCGGAGGGAGCCGAGGUGGCGGCGGCCACAGCGGCAGGAGGGGGAAGGAUAUCACCAUGGUUGUGGCUGUUCGGCAGGUCGUUUUGUACCUGUCCCUGUGGACCGCCUGCGUUCUGAGCAAACCCACCAAGAAGAAGGAUCGCAUCCACCACGAACCUCAGCUCAGCGACAAGGUCCAUGAUGAUGCACAGAACUUUGACUAUGACCACGACGCCUUCCUGGGUGCAGAUGAAGCCAAGACCUUUGACCAGCUGACACCAGAAGAGAGCAAGGAGAAAAAGAGGAAGAAAGUAAUUUAUUUUUUACGGUUUCUGGAAUAACGCAAAGAACUCUCUCUCACUACUGAGACUGGCAGUUUCAGGCAACAACGUGGAAAAACGAGAAUAAACCUCUCCCGUC